UCAGUGAGUCGCAGUAAAUCCUAUUGUGAUGCUAAACUGAUUUUCGGAAGAGAGAUAGAGAGACAGACAGAGAGACAGAGAGGGAGAGAGGGAGAGAGGAGGUUUGGAUGUGUGUUUGAGCAGAUCUGAUGUGCUCUGACCUUCGUUCUUAUUGAAUUUAUUGCCACUUUCUCCUGUGAGGAAACUUUUGAACCUUGGGAGCGGAGUGCAGCGGGUGUUUGGGGCUGUGGUUGGAGUCUGUCGGCCGGAGGAUCAGCCGCUCUCUGCGCGUCAGGAAUGCACUUUGCAGGAAACGCAGCUCGGUGCUCGGACACCUCCUGCUUUGCUUUUUUCUCUUUUCCCUAACAAGGACUUCUAAAUGAAUGAAGGAAAUGCGCUUGUGAAGGGAGAGAAGGAGUUUUCUUCAGUCCGGUCCCCCCCGCCUCAGUCCGCCGGGCCGCUGCCGGGCUCAGGACAGAGGAGCCCGGAGUGAGCGCUCCCUGGCCGGGCAUGGAGAGCAGCGGCGGCCGGGCGGGGCUCCAGCAGGCGGCGGGCGGAGGAGCAGGUGGAGGCGGCUGGGUGCUGGUGGAGGCCCGGCUCCAGGGAGGAGCGCCGUGGGGCUUCACCCUGCAGGGCGGCCUGGAGCACGGAGAGCCGCUCAUCAUCUCCAAGGUGGAGGAGGGCGGUAAGGCAGACAUUUUGGAGCAGCCUCUGCUGGUGGGGGAUGAGAUUAUCGUCAUUAACGAGGUGGAGCUGACCGGAUACAGACAGGAGGCCAUCGCUCUGGUCAAAGGAUCGUACAAGACUCUGCAGCUGACCGUCCGCAGGGAGUUUGAUCCAGGGUACAUCGAGGAGUUUGCUACUUCACGUCCUUCCCUCCCUGCUCUUCCUCCUCCUUCUCCUCCUCCUCCUCCUCCUCCUCUUUCUUCUCCAUCGCCCAUAACAAACAAACAAACACAACAAACACCGUCGUCAUCCCGCCAAAGCCGACCAUGUUCAGCAGGAGGAGUCCAGCUUCGCAUCAAGAACAGACGCAGUGAGCCGGCAUCUCGACCUCACUCGUGGCAUUCAACGAAGCUUGGUGAAGGUCGGCAGGAAGUGGACCCAGGAGUGAUGGACACUAUGAGCAGUGCCUGGCACCACAGCUACCACCCCAGUGCGUCGACCAACGACCUGUCCGGUGGGUUUGACUCUGGUGGCACCUACCUGAGGAAGAGUCCGGACCAGUACAGCUCGAGGGGCAGUAUGGAGAGCCUGGACCCUCCUCUGUCCUCCCAGCAUCACUCCGGAGCUCAGCACCACCACCCACUGGGUCACCACACCCACAGCGGAUCCCACCCCACCUACUCCUCCUGCCACCAGCUAUCCUCUGCCAGGUCCUCCAACAGCAUCGACCACCUCCACAGCAAACGAGACUCUGCCUACUCUUCCUUCUCCACCAGCUCCAGUAUCCCAGAGUACCUUGCCUCCACACCCUCAUUCAGCCCAGAGCGCUCCUAUUCGCUGGAGACCGUCUCUCAGAGAGGAGGAGGAAGUGGAGAGAUGCAGCAGGCUGACAUACGUUACGUCCGGACGGUUUACGACACCCAGCAGGGCCUAUCUCAAGAGCACGAGCUGAGCUCCAGCUCCGCCACCUUUCUGCGCAACAGCGAGUCCAGAAGCGGGAGUGGGGCAAGGCUAGGCCAAAGCCGAGAUCUGCAAAUGGGUGGAGUCUGUUACCGUGGCAGCAGCAGUGGCAGCAGCAGUAGCGGCAGCAGCAGCGGUGGGGUGCCAGCUUCAAACAGACACAGUGUGGGUCCAAUAUGGGGCCCAGCAGCCAGCCGCAGCUCCUACGAGAGCCUGAAGGGGGCACCAGCUCCACCAAGGCGCAGCGACAGCUAUGCAGCCAUCAGAAACCACGAAAGACCAAACUCCUGGUCCAGUCUGGAGCACGCCCGGUCACUGCGGUCUCUGCAGAAAGGUUCCUGGCAUCACUCCAGUGGCCCUGUGGCUUCAGUUGCAGCUAAAGGCUCGUACGGCGCUGAUGGUCAGCUCCACACAGUGAUAGAGAAGAGUCCAGAGAGCAGCCCCACCACAAAGCCCCGGCAGGGUGGAGGCUUUCCCCAGUCCCCUUCCCCUACCGGACCCUCCUCUGGACCUGCAGGCUCCACCUCACAGUCCGGCCGGUUCAUUCUGCCCACUGGCCUGUACCCGGUCCCCCAGCCUGAGCCCCACUACGCACAGAUACCCAGCGCCAGCCCCGGGCCAGGCUUGUCUGGGGUCUACCCCGCCCUGGCCAAGGAGAGCAGCCGACAGCAGCACCAGGGGCUGCAGGGUGUGGGAGGGAGAGAGGAAGGAGCGACAGAAGGGCGGAGGGAUGGAAGAAUGUCAGCUACAGAAAAUGGAUACCAAAAUAACACUACUUCUUCAUCAUACUCAUAUUCCUCUUCUUCAACAUCUGCCUCUACACAGCUCAGGACUCAAGCACACCAGACAGACAGGCCUCAACAGGAAGAGUCUAAAUUCUACAGACCACACCAGAAAUCUGCUGGAGGGGUAUCGGAAGGCCAGACAGGGCCCACCAGGCAAACCCACCAGGGACGUCACAGUCAGAGCUCCCAAGGGUCCCAUGUUCAUACAAGCCAGGGACCUCACAGCCAAGAGUUCCAGGACCAGAACCAGGAUUUUCCUAAUCCCCACAUCCAGUUUACUCUUGGACUCAGGCCCUCAUCCUCACAAGAGUGGAGGGACCCCUGCACACUCGUUCAGCCAAAGGGAGACAGGAGCAGAUCAGUGGACCAGACCAGCGUUCAUUCUGAGCCAGUGGCGUCCUCCAGGCUCGCCCAGGGACAAGUGCCAACUGCUCACUUACCUGGUCACCCUCAGCCUCAGGCUUCACCCACCUCCGCCCCUCAGCCUUCCUACCGUCACCUCAGUGACUCAGCAGCUCUGCAGCACCAGCACUGGGACCAGAGAGAGCGGGACAAGGACAGAGAACAUCCACUGACACGCCUGGAGAUCGCCCUUGCUGAGGUCCAGCGAUGCGCCAGCCCAGACAGUGCCAGUAGCCAUGGCAACAGUAGCUUUGGUGAUGGCAGCAAGGGACCGGCCCGCAGCCUCUCUGUCCUGGAGAAGGUCAGUCGUUUCGAGCGUCGGGAACGCAGCGGAAACCAGCGCAGUCACAGCACCAGCAACGUACACAAUAAAGCCAUCCAUCUGAGGAUGACUGACAAAGGCCGCAGUGCUGCCUGUGGAGCAGAUGACCUCAGAAACAUGCUGGAGAGAAGCACUAACGGGACCAAAGCCCACAGGACUCUGAGCUACAGAGGAGGCAGCAGCGAACACAUGAAAUACAGGACCCCAGCAGAUCCCAGUUCAGCCCUCCAGAGGAGCCGGAGCACCCUCCAGCUAGAAGAAUCCAGGGAGGGUGACAGCAGCAAAGACUUCCCCUGGAGACAGGACAUUCAAGAGAUGCUGGGCUCCAUGCAGGACACGUCCUCCAACAGGCCAGAGUCUUCCAACAGAUCUUACCGGGAGUCUUUGAAAGAUGCCCAGUCUAAGGUCCUACGGUCCACUUCCUUCAGACGGAGAGACCUCAGCUCCUCAAUCAGCCCUCCUCCUCCUGCAGCUCCUCCUCCCGUCUGCUUGUCCAACAGCCACCAGCCUCCAUCCGGCCCUACCAAGCAGCACUCCCUGGAGAAAAAAGGCCCAAAAACCAUGCCCAAACCACAGGGCAUCCUCAUCACGCCACAGUCGCCACCACCGGUAACUUCCCCUCACACCCCGAAAGAGCGGCAUGUGGUCAGCCCAGAGAUUCGAGGCCCAAGCCCCCCUGCCCUCCCCACUGUCCCUCCUGUUGGACCUCCUGCUUACACACGGAUCUGCGGCCGCAAGCGUCUGGCGGCAGACCAGAAGAAACGGUCAUACUCAGAGCCAGAGAACAUGAACGAGGUCGGGGUUUCGGAUGCCGAGACUGCUGCCCUCUUCAGGCGUGGAGGAGAGACCAGCGUGGCAGACCGGCGGAAGAUGUUUGAGCUUGCGGCAACCCGUGUCGGGGACAGGGCUCUGCAAAACGCCACGUCAAGGCCCGAUUUACGGCAGCUUCAGCAUGACGCUUUGGCCGAGUAUGUGGAGAGGAAGAGAGGAGGGAAAAAAGACGAGGGAGGACAGAGAAGCGGAUCUAGGCCUCGCAGUGCCUAUCUACAGCCUGAAAACAGCAACCAUACAGGUGGGUGGAGGGAGGAAGGGAAGACAAAGGUCUCCUACUGUCACUCAGACACCCGCAGCCUCUCCUCCACCUCCAGCCUGCUCUCCCUCCAGGACUCUGGAACAGAUCGUCUCUGCUCCACCCUCCCUCCUGGAGCCGACCUGCGGAGCCUCCAGUCCAACCUCUUUUACCCAGGCAGGGUGACCACUCCGAGGCCCCCGGUGCUUUCACAGCUGAGUGCUCCUUCCGGCUUCCAUUCUGAGCUCCAGGCCCAGAUCCUCCCAGAUCUCCCCCCUGAAGCUGGGCUCAGCAGACAGAGUCGGUCUUUCAGCAGAGACCCGGGUCAGGGCCACCAGCAGCUGGCCACAGAGCCUGAGCUCAACCUGGGACUGUCCAAGCAGCUCAACGGCGCUCUGCAGAGGGCCGGGUCAGCUCGGGGUUCUGGGAAGUCGGCUUCUGCUGAGGAUCUCCUGGAGAGAUCUGAGGAGAGACAAAUGACUCCUCAACACUCCCGCUCCCGCUCCUCUCCCACGGGAGAGAAACUGAACCAGGACUUCCCUCCAGGUGACAUCAAGAUGUACGGUGUCUUCAUCUCUCAGUCGGGACGCCACUCUCUGGCCGAGGACAGACCGGCAGGCAUCCAGGCAUCAGGGGGUCUCGUCUCUCCUCAACACUCCCAGAAAAGUCUGAACGCCGUCCAGUCUGCAGGAUCUUCACAAGACCCGGGCUCCUCCCACACCCCCGUCGCUCGUAGGGAGCGGCAGAGGACGAGCGAGCGGCAGCGAGCCAACAGCACCUCCACCUUGGCGGCCUCUGUUGGCCUGCCCUGCCCCUUCUCCCCAUCUGGCUCUCAGGACGGAGGCAGCACUGAGUGGCAUGCUAGCGAGACGCUGAGCCAAGCUAACUUGGACGCCAUCACCUUCCCAGGCAUCCCGCAAACCGGCACAGGUGAGGACGUCAACGCCACCGGCUACAGUGAAACCCUGGUGACGGACAGACAGACGAGACACAGCAUGAGUGACGCCAGCAUAUUAGAAGACACUGCAAAGGACAUGUAUAGAGGGAGAGCCUUCAGUUUAGAGAUGAAAGGAGAACACUUGGCAGAAAACGGCCAAAGAGUUUCACCAGUGACGCCAACCCCCCUGCCCCAUUUCCAGCCUGCAGCCCCACCUAACAGGAAAGACAGCGGGAGCACCGUGUCAUCUCCUCCCUCAUCCUCCCAUCCGUCCAUCCACCAGCACCUGUCCUCACUGCGGAUCUCUGAGUCCAGCCUCUGCAGCUCCAUCUACCAGCAGCAACCACUAGAAACAGGCGUAUCACAGGAGGACUUUGACGAGGUCUUCCUCCAAGAUCCUCCCCCUCCAUCGCCUCCUCCCGCAAUCAAAGAGACAAGCAUCAUGGAGGACUUCCCUCCCCCUCCUCCUCCCCUGGAGUUAGAGGAGGAAGCUGGACACCAGACUGUGGGAAGGAUGUCAUCCAUCCACUCCCCUCCAAUGUCCCCGUCCUCCGUCUUUUCUCCGCCUGUGUCCAGCCUUCCUUUCACGAAGCCACAGGCCUCUACCAUCACCUCCAUCUCCGCAUCCCCCACAACCGAGGACAGUCUAGGUCUUGAGUACCAGCCCCUGCCCAAGAGGGAAAAGACAUCUGAGGAGCUGCGAGUGGAGGCACUGGCCAUGCAGCUGGUGUUGCAGGACAGCUCUCUGGCGCCCCUCUUGGACACAUGGAGGGGUAAAUCCACAGUAGAGCUCAUGGAGGAGAUCUUUCCAAACAGCAGAUUGGGUGGUAAAUCACCAUGGCAGCGCAGGGGCAGUAGCCGAUUGGCAGACAGGAUCCAAGAUGCUGUCUGUGAUCCUGCUCAGAGCACGGCAACGGAUCGAGGGAAGGAGACCGAUCUGGAUGAGGAUGAGAAAGACCUAAACACCAAGAAGCUGGAGCUGUGUGAGGCGCUGAGGCACAGCGUGGCGGCUCUGCGGCAGGAGAAGGAAGCGUUGUGCGAGGAGCAGAGACGUCACCAGGCACUGGGGGCGAGCAUCGAAGCACUGGUGCAGGAACGCCUCAAAACCAACGAGAGGGACAAGUACAGCGUGUUCAUCGGAGACCUUGAGAAGAUCGUGAACCUGCUGCUGUCUCUGUGCAGCCGGAUGUCGAGGAUCGACAGAUCUCUGCUCGCUCUGGAGAGAGAGGAGCUGACGCAGGAGGAGAUAGCGGAGGAGAGGGACUCCCUCCAUCACAAGCGCUCUCUGCUCCUCAGUCAAACUGAAGACGCUCGGGAGCUGAAGGAGAACUUGGACCGGCGGCAGCGAGUGGUCCACGGCAUCCUGUCCAGCUACCUUGCCGAACCGCAGCUCCAGGACUACCGCCGCUUUGUCAGCGCCAAACCCUCCCUUCUGAUUCGCCAGCGGCAACUCGACGACCUCAUACGGCAGGGGGAGGAGCAGCUGACACGACUGGCCGAGAGCCUACCACAGGAGCUGGUGGAGGCUCGCGGUUGGUCGAGAGCGUGUCCGUUCUCAUCAUCGAGCCCCGCCCCUUGCUCUUCUCCUUUCCCGCCGCUGCUACCCCCCUCUGUGGCUCCAGGCCCCGUCCACUCAGUCAGGUCCACCACUGUGACGUCACUGUGAUGUCACAGACAAGGCUGCUAUUACAAGUGGCAGUGAAUGCUGGGAAAUGAAGGAGAGACUCCCUAAAAACUCACUCUGAGCUCGAGUGGUGCUCCCGAUGAAGGAGCUUUACAUGAAGUAAGGAACAGGCGCUCACUCUACUAUGCAGACUUCACACAUGAAGAAGAAACGCCUUUAAUGAGCCUUGUUCACACCCGACUGUGCGUUACAGUUCACCUCGACAUCAGCCACCAGCGCUGUGUGGACUCAACUGCUGCCAACAUCUCUAACUAUCCUCUGAAAGGUGAUUUUAAGGGUUGGAAGUUCAUCGUCAAACGCUUCAAAGGACAAUUCCAGCGUUGCAGGUAGUUGACAGGUGAUUGGAUGGACCAUCUGUCUAUCACUGUCUAUCACGGGCAAACUGAAGCCGUUCUUUGUCUUCUUUCAAUGAAGAAAUGCUCUCCAUAUAUAACUGAUGCUAGCAGCAUCUAUGCUAACCUUUAGCAGCUGUCAUAGUGGUUUAACAAACAGUGUAUUCUCGCUGCAUCACACCUAGCACCCACUGCCUGUAGCGGCCAGUACUUCCUGAAAGGACGCUGCUGAUUGACCGGCCACAAACCCAUAGAUUGAAUCUUGGCAAGAUGGAUUCCCAUAAGUCCAGCUCCAUCGCACGGUAACUCCUCAGUGGCAGCGACGGCCCAACAUGUGAUCUCUUCAGCUGAAGGAGCACUGGCCAUAAUCCUGGUGCUGACUGGUCAGACAGCAGCCUGAAUUAAUAGUAAGAUGGUAGUAUUUUGGUUUUAAGAGUCAACAAGCACACUGGAAUUGUCCUUUAACAAACCUAAUGGUGCCUUCAGGAACCUCAAACAUUCAGACUUUCCUCCAGGAGCUCUAUUUCUAGUGACGGGACGAAGUGAGCAGGUGUGUUAUCUCCCAAAGACCCAACACUGUCAUCUUUACAAUAAAAUAUCAUUUUGCCAUCUUGUCAAACCCUUCAGAGAUAUUUGCAGCACCUGCUCAUCUUUGAUGCACAUGUACAGUCAACUUACAAUAACACCAAAAUCGGAGGGACUCUGUUUUUAUUCUACAGCUACAAAAAGAAUCCAAACUCUGAGCUCAUCAGAGAAACACCUGAAGCGUAGCUGUUGUGAUCACUGUCACAUGAUACUGUAACACUACUACUGUCACUACUGUGUGUCCGGAGCUUGUAGCACUUUUUUUAGCAGUUUGACUACUGUUUGCAGCAGAAUUUACACUGAAUGAUGAACGUUGUUGCCUCUAUAAAAGUCGAUGUGAUGAAACAUUUGAUGUCAAAAAAUGGAAAAAGUUCAGAUUCCAAAGAUUUUCACAGGAUGUUUGCAGAUGUCAGCUUCGUUUAAUUUGGUCCAAAACUCUGUUGUGUUCUUUCAAAGUCUCAAGGUUUACUGGCGCCAUAACUGCAACAAUUAUCUUACCUUUAGAAGGAAAGUUUGGAUUUUUGUUAAAUUAAGAAAUAAUCUGUUAGAUUUUAAGUCCACAAAAUGUCAGUAACAAAUGCCACAAUUUACCACACCAAAAGAUAUUUAAUGUUUAAUGAAAGGAGAAACUGAAAAAAGCAUUUAAUUGAUCAGUAAUUUAAAUGAUUAAUCAAUCACUGAAAUUGCUGAUAUAUGGCUAGUUGUUUUGUUAUGGUUAAGCCCUUUGGUUUUGGAUCAUGUUUGCCCGUUUCCAACAAACUGACAUUAUCAUUUUAUUUAAUUUUGUGGAAAUUAAUGCAAUAAAACAUCAAUGUUCAAAGGAUGAACGUUGAAACCGUCUUAUAAAAGAUAGACGUUGUGUCUCCCCUUCCUCCCGCUGUAUAAAAAUGGCGCCACCAUGUCGAGGUCCAGCCCAUUCAUCCGGUUAUCUCAAUCGUGGCGCAGCUCAGCUGUCAAUCAUUAUGUGAAACCCCCUUCCAGUGUGAUAAGAACUACCUAAAAUGACAUGAAAAAUAUAUUUGACAUGUACUUAGAUUUUUUUUUGUUUGGCCCACCUGCUAACAUGGAGACAACAGGCUUUAUGACCUUCUUUUGGAGAGCUGUCAUGUUGUCCAUCUUUGUAAAUGUGGAUAAAACGGCAUACAUAUAUAUGAUUGGCUGUUCCACUAUCCUCUAUAUGAAUUCAUUAUUUCUGGAAGUUAAACAAAGGAGUUUUUGACUGAGAAACAGUUUCAGUUUAAUACUGAUUCCUCUGUAUGACCUACAGAAAUAAACAAGCCCCUCAGCCACAACAUUGGCUGUUUCUAUAAAGUCAUUCUUAAUGCCUGCCACUGGGUCCGUUUUGGUCCGAUUCCCAUUCAAAUCAAUGAAACGAGGCAGUGAAACACUUCCACUUUUGUCCACAGGGGCCGCCAGAAUCAACACAAAGUGAAAGUAAAACAGUUAACAGAAAUUAUUUGUUGGCGCAACCGUGAAGUAUUUAUUUAUGUUGAAAUGAGAAUGCUCGGACGAGGUGAGGCACAUAUGAAAAGAAAAAGCAUUCAGUGAAGAAAAACCAACAUUAGAAUAAUAAAAUAGUUAUAAAUUAAAAAUGAAAUGUUUCAUCACUCCUACUCUGUUAAGUCACAAUCAUGAAAUAUCACUUCUUAUUAUCACAUUAUGUCAUUGUGUGAGAUCAGUUAUUCCGUCUGCCAGUGAAGGAUCAGAUUUAUAUUUGUUUUUAAAAAUAUUGAACAGUUUUGCCUUGGAGCCGGUGCCAUUGGGUCUCCCUUCAGUUCAAAUCACCUGGGGACGCCAAAUGGCAUCAGUCCUACACAAUCAAUAUUUAUUGCUGAAUUAACAGCCUCAGCAUUGUGUGCAAUCUAAGAUACACAUUAGGUUUUCUGAUCAGUGGAUGUUUUCACCUGUUCUCACUCUGAGCUGCUUCAUUUUACACCCACAGUACGUUUCCUUUGACUUAGUUUCUAGAGCACCUUUUAAAUAUUCUCACUGUCAUAUUCUCCGAACAUUACAGCACCCAGUCUGCCUUGUGUCCUCAUCAAUAACCCAGAUUUUAUUGUUGAUUAUUGUUUGUUCGUUGUUAUUUGCAGAGAGGCACAACAGAAUAUCUCAGACGUUUUUUUUGGUUCGUCGUUGAAUAAAAUUCAAUGUUUAUGAAAGAAGAACGAUUAAAUUACAGCUCCUGGUUUUUGCUAAAUAAAUGAAUUUUGUAAAUGA